AUGGUGUCCUCGGCAUUUUUCGAGCCCAGUUGCUGUAUACGUUGUGGAUCUAGCAGUGAAACUGCAACCAGAGGGUUCGCUUGCCUCGCGGCGGUGCAGGGCGGGGGCGUCGGCGGGCGGCGGCGCGGGGGGGGCCGCCACCAGGUCGCGGUCGAGGCGCACGAGCAUCCGGCGCCAGAUGGCGGGCGCGGCGAGCGCGCGCCGCCAGUUGGCGCACGUCUCGCUGGCCGCCACGCGGUCGCGGUCGCUCAGGUAGAAGAAGACUUGCGUGAGCACCAGGUCGGGCAGCCGGUCCCAGCGCGCCGCGCGGGCGUCGUCGGCGGCGGCGCCGGCGCCGGCCUCGCCCCGCGCCGCCAUCUCGCCCCCUGGCUGUGCUGCUUGCGUGACGUUUCGCGCGUGCGGCCCCUACGGCCGUCGCCCGGCAGCAGCCGCUCCGGUCACGCUCACGCGCUGCGCCGCGCGCGGUCGCUCCGGGAACCCCGGCGCCACGGCGACGCCACGCACAGGAAUUUGCAGCUGGAAAUAAGUCUGCGUUUUUACUCACGAAGAAAAGUUAAAGAAAGAAAAGUGUACAUGAAAUAA